AUGCCUCUGAGAAGCAUUCUAAGGGCAAUACAGCCCUUGCGAUCAUCUAUCGUCAAAUCGGCGACGAAUUCAGCACCAGCUACGCACCAACUCCAGUUCUCCAAACCAAGUAUCAUUUCUGGACUUGCGCUCUUCCGACGAUCGAAUUCUUCUACUACUUCUGCUAAGCAACAAGAAUCGCCAUCCACCCCAUCUUUUGUCUCUCCUCUCCGCGUCUACCCCUAUAAGCUCAAGACCGGCACCGUCGAAACGGUUGGCCGGAUGGAUCGGACUGUCCGCGUUAGUCACCGACAUACCUCCUGGGACCCGCAUCUUCGCAAAUCCUAUCCCAGGUUGACGACAUUUAUGGUGUCGGAUCCGAAAAACUCCCUGCGCGAGGGCGAUGUGAUUGAGUUCUCCUCCGGAUACCCAAAGAGUCGGCAUGUGCGUCAUGUGGUAGAGCGAAUCAUUGCGCCCUACGGAACGAAUAUUGAAGAUAGGCCACCAGUGAUGACACGCGAAGAGAGAGAGGCCGAGCGAGCGGCCAAGAGGGCAGCCAAGUUGCAGCGUAGGGAAGCCCGGGGUUUGGAGAGUGGUGGUAAGGAGCACGUGGGUCGGAUCAAGCGGUUGAUCCGCGAGAGAACUGACACCGGCGUGGAAUAG